CAAGUGAGACUCCUUGACUCUCCUUGGUUCGUGGAUAAUGGUGAACAUCAUAGUGAUUGGUGCCGGAGUGGUAGGCCUCUCUACAGCGGUUAAUAUCCAAAGGGUUCUGCCAGGGGUAAAGGUUAAGGUCGUUGCUGACAGGUUCUAUGACAAAACGACAAGCAUUGGAGCUGGAGGAAUAUUCCUCCCUACAGCAAAAGCCAUCCCUGGGAUACCUGUUGAUACACUAAAACGAUGGUGCGAGAAGUCUUGGAAUGUAUACUCCCAGUUGGCAACCUCAGACCUCGCCAGUACCACUGGACAUACAGUAUCACAUGGAUACAAGUUUGUCAAAACUGAGGAAAAGACACCCUUGUAUGCCAGUAUGGUGUACUCCUACAGAAAAAUGCUGCCAGACGAACUUACCAGGCUAGGAGUCAACAGCAAAUUUCGAUUCGGAUACGAGGUAACAACUAUUAUCACAAACAUGAGGAAGUAUCUGUUCUGGCUCAUGAAACAAUUCACAGAUAAUGGUGGCAAGGUGGAGAAAAGGACAAUAGAAAGCUUAAGUGAAUUAUACGGUCAGUGUGACAUAGUGGUCAACUGUUCCGGACUGGGCAGUCAGCAGCUUUGUGGAGACAAGAUUAUAUACCCGCUAAAUGGACAGGUCAUCAGGGUCGAGGCCCCCUGGGUUAAGGACUGGGUCUUUACUGACACAAGUACAUACAUUCUACCAAGCGAUGACUUUACUGUGCUUGGCGGAAUUAAGGAUAAAGAUAACUAUUCCAUGACGCCAGACCCUUCCGUCAAACAAGGAAUCCUUGACAGAUGUCUCGAUGUAUGGCCUGCAUUAAAGGGAGCGAGGGUUAUAGGAGACUGGGUAGGUCUAAGACCCAUGCGAGACCCUAUCAGACUGGAGAAGGAGAUUGUGCGGCUGCCAGACGGAAUAUUGAAGGUUGUACAUAAUUAUGGUCAUGGGUCCGAUGGUGUGGCUCUUAGCUGGGGAACCGCUGUUGAAGCGACAGAAAUGGUUAAAGAGCUUAUAUCUGGAAUGACAUCGUCGAAACUCUGAAGCGUUAAUAGUAUUGUUCAAAAAUUUAUGAAAAGUCGUUUUAUCUGUUUGUAUUGAUAGUAUUGUAUAAGGAAGGAAAUCCAGCUGAAAAAAAUAAAAUAU